AUGCAGCGUGGAACUUUAAUACUUGAAGAUGAUUCUAAAUUCGAUGGUUUCGUAUUUGGAGCAUCAACUAAUGUUACCGGUGAAGUCGUCUUUCAAACUGGUAUAGUCGGUUAUACUGAAUCAUUGACUGAUCCAUCUUAUUGUGGACAAAUUUUAGUUCUUACUUCUCCGCUUAUUGGCAAUUAUGGUGUACCCGAUGAAAAAGCUAUUGAUGAUUUUGGUAUACAGCGAUGGGUUGAAUCAAAUAAAAUUUAUGCAUCAGGAUUAAUUGUUAGUACUUAUACAGAACAGUAUAAUCAUUGGAAUGCUGUUGAAUCUCUUUCAUCAUGGCUAAAUAAACAUAAUGUUCCUGGAAUUGAUACACAUAUGUUAACUAAAAAACUUCGUGAACAUGGAACAAUGCUUGGAAAAAUUUUUAUGAAAGGAACUGAUCCAACAUCAAUUCGAUUUCAAGAUCAAAAUAAAACUAAUCUUAUGAUACAAGUUUCUAUUGAAAAACAACGUGUAUUUAAUCCAACAGGCAAAAUAUCCAUUGCUUGUAUUGACUGUGGUCUUAAAAAUAGUCAAUUACGAAUUUUAUGUCAACUCGAUGCAAAAGUAACAGUCUUUCCUUGGAAUUAUUCUGUUAAACAAGAUGAAUUUGAUGGUCUUUUUUUGAGUAGUGGUCCUGGUAAUCCACAAACUCAAUGUCGAGAUACUAUUGCAACUAUAAAAUCAUGGAUUGAUAGUGAAACUAUUAAACCAGUAUUUGGUAUUUCUCUUGGUCAUCAAUUAAUGGCUUUGGCUGCUGGAAUGAAAAUAACAAAACUUAAAUAUGGAAAUCGAGGCUAUAAUCAACCAUGUUUAUUAGAAGGAACUCAACGUUGUUUUAUAACAUCACAAAAUCAUGGUUUUGCUGUUGAAAAAGUCCGAUUUUUACCAUCGGGUUGGAGUAUUUUAUUUACAAAUCAAAAUGAUCAAUCCAUUGAAGGCAUUAUUCAUGAUUACAAACCAUUUUUUAGUGUUGAAUUUUAUCCUGAAUAUUGUACUGAACCACAUGAUAUAGAAAAUUUAUUUAAAAUAUUUGUUGAUGUUGUUCAAUCAUAUAAAUCAAUUAAUGUUAAAUCAUAUUUAAUUGAACAAUUAACAAAAUGUUAUAUUGGUGAUAAUAAAUCACCAAAAGCAUUUCAUGAUCAAGGAAAAAAAGUAUUGGUAUUAGGUAGUGAUAUUUUAACUUUUGGACAAGCAGGAGAAUUUGAUUAUUCUGCAAUACAAGCAGUUCAAGCAUUAAAAGAAGAGAAUAUUUAUACUAUAUUAAUCAAUCCUUCAAAUAUUACUCUAGAUCAAACAUCAAUAGAUCUUCCGAACAAAAUAUUUUGUGAACAAAUAACAGACACUCAUGUUCUACCAGUUAUUCGAGAGGAACGUCCUUAUGGUAUGCUACUUAGUUUUGGUGAACGAACAGCAUUACAUUGUGGUAUUCGUUUACAUGAAGAAAAUAUGCUUGCCGCAUAUUUAUGUAAUAUAUUAGGUGAACAAAAUAUUUUCAUAUGUUAA